AUGGCCCUCAAGCUUAAAUUAAAGGUCAAGCCUUCUAACUCCCCAGAAACGGAGGCUCCUGCUCAAGAGCACCACCGCUCCCCACCUAGGCCAUCAAGAAAGGUGAAGCAUGAAUCCAGCGACAGAGUCUCAAAACCCAAACAUAAGAAAGAGAAGCUAAAGAAAUUGAAGCUCAGUCUAGGUAAACUGGGUCUGCCAGACAGUGCAACUCCAUCAUCAUCAGUACCACCUCCACAGUCCAGACCUACGAUAAAGAAAAUCCCAAAAGUGAGAAUCAAGCCUACGAGAAUCCCUGGUGAAGGCUACGACUCAGAAGCCCCAGAUGUCGAGGAUGACCCUCUAAUAGAGCAAGGUAUUGUCGUGCGGUUUCUAGACGACUCCAAUCUUGAUUUUGUUCACAAUGCUGUCGAAACUGGCGAUCUUUCAAAUGUAAAUAUCAAGUGGAUCACCAGAGACAAGGCCGUCAUCAACGUCAAUCUGACGUUAUACUCCGCGAGACUCGUUGACUUGCCAACACUCACGGAAAUUUACAAAACAGUUGACAAAAAGAACAUCUUCAAAACAAUUGACAUCAGUCAAGUUCUCCUAGUAUUGCAUCCUAUCAACCCCAAACAGCUUAAUAUGGAGCAGGAUUUCGAGGUCCCAGAGGCUCACACUUACACACACCCUAUUUAUGACCUUUCUACCAACAAGGAGAUAAGAAACUCUAAGACAGUAUACCGUAACGGUUUGGCAUAUGCAUACGAGGAUGUGUAUCGACGGUUCAAACCACGCAAAGUCAACCAUCGUAUAAUGCAAGAUGUCGAGGCUCGAGUUGACGAGCUUGUCAAAAGAGACGCGGAGGCACAGGAGAGUCACUACGAAUAUGUUGACCCCAAGGCUCAGGCCAGAGUCAGUGCUUCUCACAGCCGUUCUGCAACACCAACACAUUCCAUGCCAUCCACACCUUCUGCACGUGUAUUUUCACCUCGUGAAGCUGAGGAUUAUGAAUUCGAACAACAAGAACAGCAAAUGGAGGUUGAUCUCGAAGCUGACAUUGACAACGCUCUUGAACAAGAAUUGGCUGAGGCUCUUGACUCUACCUCAAAUAACACAGCAGCCACAGUGCUCAUGAAGUCUGAGUACAACGAAGAAGAAGCAAGUGAUGAUGAAGCAACUGCAGGACAGGCUGGUGGCGAAGACGAGGACGAAGAUGACGACGAAGAGGAAGAGGAGGAGGAGGAAGAAGAGGAAGAGGAAGAAGAUGCUGGAGACGGCACUCUGAAGGAAGACAUGAACAAGGUCAAGAAGCUCGAAGAAGAAAUUGGUGACCUAGAAAAGGCUGCCGACAAGCAAAAGAAGCUUUUGUCGACCGCUAGUUACAAGAUGAUGAGAAUGAAGUUCCAGUCUGCGUUCAACAACUUGAAGGCGCAGCUUGAUCAAAAGAAGCGUGAGUUAGCGAAAAUUAAAGAACAACAGCAGAAGCAGCAACCAGCAGAACCUCCACGCCAGCCUGAAGCUGAGGGUGAAGAGGAAGACGAGGAAGAUGAGGACGAGGACGACGAAGACGAAGGUGAAGAUGACGACACAAAGAGAAGCCAACCACCUCCAGAGUCUAAGGAAGGACUGGAGAGCAGAGCGACCAGCGAAAAUGCUCCUCAGGAGGACGACGACCAGGAUAUGGAGAAUGAGGACUACGGUGAUCUUCAGGAUCUCUUCUAG